ACAUUACACUGAUGAAUAACCUACCGACUCCUCUCCUGCUCUCUCUAUAAAACAGCUUUUCCUACUUACUCUAAAGACUGCAGGUCAGGAUGUUAUCCGGUCUGUCUCGCUGUGCCUCCAAAGCGGCCCUGCAGCUGGUCAAAGGUGUCGGUCGCCCCUCAAAGCCAGUUACAGUUCCUCGCUUUGGGCAUCAGACACUGGCCGUGGAGCCUCUACCUACUGUCCGAGGAAAUACAGUGGUCAGACAGGCUUGUGCACUGGACCAUGAAAGGUUGCUACAGGUGAAGUGGGAUGAUGGGACCUGUAGUUUCUAUCCGUUUACCUGGCUUAGGGAUAACUGCCAGUGCCCUCUGUGCACCCUUCAGUCAGCACAAGCACGGAGUCUGCUGCUCACUGACCUAGAUGUGAACACUGGAAUGGAUCAAGUGAAGAUCACUGAGAAUAACAAGGUCUUUAUCACAUGGCCAGACCAACACAGCAGUGAGUUUGAACCCGACUGGCUGAAGAAGAGGUGUUUUUCACCUGAAGCAAGACAAGCAAAGCAAGAAGAGCUGUUCCUUAAAGAACGUGAGUUCUGGGACUCCGGGCUGAGAAUCCCCGUGGCAGAUUUUGAAGAGGUCCUGCAUGACGACAAAGCCGCUCUGGCUUGGCUUACCGCUCUGCGCCGUUUCGGCAUCGUGUACCUAAAAGGGGCACCGGUAGAGAAGGGUCAGGUGGCCAGGCUUAGUCAGAGAAUCGGCUACCUCCGACUCACCUUCUACGGGCACACAUGGCAAGUGCAGGAUAAACCCAUGGCCAAUAACGUAGCCUACACGUCUGGCAAGCUGAGCCUGCACACUGAUUAUCCUGCUCUGCAUCACCCGCCCGGAGUGCAGUUCUUACACUGUCUGAAGCAGGCGCAGCACGGUGGUGAGAGCGAGGUGGUGGACGGUUUCCACAUGGCCGAAGUACUUAGGAAGGAGGAUCCUGACGCCUUUAACACCCUCUCAUCACUCUACAUCGAUUACACAGACACUGGGUCCGAUUACUGUGACUUCAGCGUGCAGUCCAAGCACCGAAUUAUAGAUGUGGACCAUGAGGGUCGAGUGGUGAGGAUAAAUUGUAACAACGCUACUAGAGACUCGGUUCUGGACUUGCCACUGGAACAGGUGCAGCCGUUUUACUCCUCGCUGAGGAGCUUUGUGGAGCUGAUGGGUCAGCCGGAGAAUGUGGUCACCUACAGGAUGGAGCCUGGUGAUAUGGUGACCUUUGAUAACUGGCGCUUACUGCAUGGCCGGAGGAGCUAUGCAUCCCCGGACGGGAGCCUGAGACACCUGGAGGGAGCGUACCUGGACUGGGAUGAGGUUAUGUCCCGUCUGCGUAUCCUUCGCAAGGCUGUCCAAAGAGACGUCUAACGUUCCUCUACCUCUUCUGAAACAUAAGUACAGGGUCAAAGCUGAACUCUUGCACACUAGUUUUUCAUUAUGACAGUUUAAUAACUACUGGUUUGAGAACUCGCUCACUUAUGAAGUAGGUUUAUUUUAAGAUCUGUGUAUGAUUUCUACACACUACAAAAUGAAAUAUGAUAUGAAAGAAUCAGCAAAAUGUUUUACUUUUUUUAAUGGGUCAGUUAUUAACACACUGGGCUGAUUUAUACUUCUGCAUACGUAGCCAUGAUCUGCAAAGGCUGGCACAGUACAAAAGUGUGCAAUAUCUGCACAUUACAGUUAGAACAGAGUAUAAAUCAGUCCUAACUUUGCUCCUUAACUUAAACCCUAAAAUUAAAUGUUGCAAUGUUUUUUGUACCUAUACAACUGUGAUAUUCGCCAAAGUCUAGCUCAUUUUAAAACGGUUUGGUUUAUUUAUGAAUCAUGUGCCAGUUAAGUGCCAACCUGUUUGAUAGUACUGUUUUGGUCACAGUGCAUUAGACGUACUUUGUAAAUAUUCUGUCUAAAUGAUGUCAAUGACCUUAAAUUUCUUGGAAUGAAGCUUGCAAAGCCAGCUAAUUAUCAUGCAUACAUUUUAAAUUAAGCUGAUAAAUGCCUUUAAUUACACUGUUUUCAUUGUUUGUCUUACUUGUUAACAUUAGAUACAUUUUAGAAAAUGCAAAGCAAUGCAAAUGUAUGGUCUUACAUACGUUUUUACAUAUCAUUUUUAAGGUGUGUACGUAGCUAUGAACCUUGUUUACCUUUAGCAUGAUCAAUGCAUACCUUUUAAUGUUCAGAACUUGAGGUCUGAAGUGCAUGUUCAUUUAAACAGGUUCUGCAGUCAGACAAGGGAAAAACAAAGUGUUUUUUUCUGUCUUCACACAUUAACAUGACUAUUAAUUAUGUGAAUAACAGUGCUGCUAGCAUAAUGUACAUUUAUCUUUUUGAAAUAAAUUAGACUUAAAUGAC